UAGAAACUGCUAUACUUAGAAUUUCGGGAUUUCUGCUUAUCUAAGCUAAUUAUUUCAAAAGUCGGAGUUUCGACACAAUAUUUAUUCUGUCAACAGUUUAGGUCACCGUUAGGGUUUUGGGACUGUACUUGUGUUUCCCAGUAGUAUGAAGGACGCUUUGGAUGCUCACACAAACCCCUGCUUAGCGUGCGUGUCUUUGGUUUCUACAUCCAUUCAGGUUCCUGAGCACAACUAGGUCGAUUUGAAGGGCAUUCUAUUUCAGGGUCUGGAGAUUGUGGAAGCAUGACCAGACAUCUCACCUUGUGUUUCAUUUUGCUGGUCAUGCUGAUUGACAAGAGUGAAGCCUGUUUCUGUGACCACUACCCAUGGACUCACUGGUCCAGCUGUUCUAAGUCCUGCAAUUCUGGAACCCAGAGCAGACAGAGACAAGUAGUAGUGAACGAUUACUAUUGGAAAAACUUAUGCGAUAAGCUUUGUAUCAAGCAGGAGACCAGAGAGUGCAACUUGCAGACAUGUCCCAUCAACUGUGUCCUAGGAGACUAUGGGACAUGGUCAGACUGUGACCCUUGUACUGAAAAACAGGUUAAAGUUAAAUCUGUCCUGCGCCCAAGUCAGUUUGGGGGGCAACCAUGCACAGAGCCCCUGGUGACCUUUCAACCAUGUGUCCCCUCCAAGCUCUGCAAAAUUGAAGAGACUAACUGCAAGAAUAAGUUCCUCUGUGACAGUGGGCGCUGUAUUCCCAGCAAGUUAGAAUGCAAUGGAGAGAAUGACUGUGGAGACAAUUCAGAUGAAAGGAACUGUGGGAGGACAAAGCCAGUGUGCACACGGAUAUACACUCCCAUCCCUAGUGUGCAGCUGAUGGGCACUGGGUUUCAUUUUCUGGCAGGAGAGCCCAGAGGAGAAGUUCUUGACAACUCUUUCACUGGAGGAAUAUGUAAACUUGUCAAGACCAGUCGAGCCAGUAAUCCAUACCGUGUUUCAGCCAAUCUGGAAAAUGUCAACUUUGAGGUACAAACUAUAGAAGAUGACUUGAAAACAGAAUUCUACAAGAAUUUAAUCUCUUUUGAAAAAAAUAAAAAUGAAGACAGUCUUUCAGUGGAUGAAAGGACAAAAUUUUUCCCUAUACCAAUUUUCCAUUUCUCAGAGAAAAAUGAACAUUCCCAUUAUAGCUCUGCCUUCAACAAAGUCAUUAAAGCUUCCCACAAGAAGGAUUCUAGCUUUAUCAGGAUCCAUAAGCUGAUAAAAGUCUUAAACUUCACAAUGAAAGCAACAGACCUACAGCUUUCAGAUGUCUUCCUGAAAGCCCUUGUCCACCUGCCUUUAGAAUACAACUCUGCUGUGUACAGCCGGAUAUUUGAUGACUUCGGGACCCACUACUUCACCUCAGGCUCCCUUGGGGGCAAGUAUGACCUUAUCUACCAAUUCAGCCGCCAGGAGCUACAGAACUCAGGUUUAACAGAAGAAGAAGCUCAAAACUGUGUCCAGUAUGAAACAAAGAAACUUAAGUUUCUUUAUAUGGAAAUACACAAGGAAGACACGUGCACCAAAAACAAGCUGUCUGAAAAAUAUGGAGGUUCCUUUUUGCAGGGAUCAGAGAAAUCCAUUUCCCUGGUCCAGGGCGGGAGGAGUCAGCAGGCAGCAGCCUUGGCUUGGGAGAAGGGCACCUCUGGUCCAGAGGAGAAUGUCUAUUCUGAGUGGCUAGAAUCGGUGAAGGAAAACCCUGCUGUAGUUGAUUAUAAGCUUGCCCCAAUUACAGACUUGGUCAGAAACAUCCCAUGUGCAGUGACAAAACGGAACAACCUCAGGAGAGCGCUUCAAGAGUAUGCAGCCAAGUUUGACCCUUGCCAGUGUGCUCCAUGUCCCAAUAAUGGCCGCCCCAGGCUCUCAGGCACGGAAUGCCUGUGUGUGUGCCAGAGCGGCACCUACGGUGAGAACUGUGAGCGCAGGUCCCCAGGUUACAAAUCUGAUGCAGUGGAUGGAAACUGGGGCUGCUGGUCUUCCUGGAGUGCGUGCAAUGCUGCUUAUAGGAGAUCAAGAACCCGAGAGUGUAAUAACCCUGCGCCACAGCGAGGAGGACAAAGCUGUGGUGGCAAGGAUCAGCAAGAAGAAGACUGUACAGUCUCAAUAAUGGAAAAUGUUGGACAACCAUGUAUCAAUGAUGAUGAAGAAAUGAAAGAAGUAGACCUUGCUGAGCCAGAAGCAGAAUCAGGGUGUUCUCAACCACCUCUCCCAGAAAACGCAUUUACCUGGAAUGAGAAGAAACUGUACUCAGUUGGGGAGGAAGUUGAAAUUUCAUGUCUUACUGGAUUCACAGCUGUUGGAUUCCAGUACUUGAGAUGUUUACCAGACAGAACCUGGAGUCAAGGAGAUGUGGAAUGCCAAAGGACCUCGUGCCUCAAGCCCGUUGUUCAGGAUGUCCUGACCAUCUCCCCAUUUCAGAGAGUGUAUCAGAUUGGGGAAUCCAUUGAGCUGACAUGCCCCAGAGGCUUUGUUGUUGCUGGACCAUCAAGGUAUACAUGCAAGGAAGACUCCUGGACACCUCCCAUUUCAAAUUCAUUGACCUGUGAACAAGGACCAACCCCUUACAUACACCUCAGGAAAUCCUCCCGCUCUCAGCAUUUCAAAGAUUAAAAAGUAUUCUCAUUAUGCUGCUCCUGAGUUUGGCCUUCUGUCGUACUCAGUCCCAGCACCAGGUUCCUCACAAAGGAUCAAAGAGGAUGAAAAGCCCCUGUGUGGUCAAUGAGCACUUCAAACUGGCAGGGGCUAGACAGUGUUCCACAGCACGUGAAAGUCCAUCUCUCACUGCAGACAACGCAUAGCUCUGAGCCUCCUCUAGCCUGUGUGAGAACGGAUAGAAAACAAUUAUGUAAGAAACAAUGGAAACCUCUUCCACAUCAGCGUACAUCUGCAGAGCUGCAGUGGACCUCACCCAUCUUGAAAGAACUCAGUGGGGAAACCCCCACUCAGCUCCCGAUUCGGCGUGCACCCAAGAAUCGCGAAUAGAA